CUGAAAUCAAACUGAGCCGCUGCAAACACGCUCUGUGAGCAAGCAGGCAACAAGCGCGCUCACUCGCGGCUUCCUGUACAACCGUUGUCACUGCGGGUGCAAGAGGUUUGGCGCGCGAUACGCAGUUGGCGCGUAAAUCACUGCGCCGCUUCACAGAGCCGCGCACGCUCCAAGCGCGACGCUCGCGCCAUAAACGCCGCGCACGCAACUCAAGCGCAGUACAAACGAUGGACUGGACCUCCCAGGACGACAUCGAGGGCGAGUGCGCGCCGACGCAGCUGGUUCCCGCCUCCCAAGCGUGCGACAUCGCCGAGGAGAGCGCGCUCGAGUUCAAUCCCGACCAAUCCCAGGACGCCUGGGGCGCGCCCGAGUCCCUGGACGCCUGGUCGGCGCCGUCGCCGGUGUCGCCGCCCAGGACGGCGACCUCGCCGCCGCGCGCCGAGGGCUGGUCGCCGGUCCCGAAGGCGCCGACGCCGCCCCCCAAAUCGCCGCCGCCCAAGGCGCCGUCGCCCGUCGCCGUGCAGUCGCCGAAGAUCGCGGCGGCGACGGAGCCGGCCGACGACGAGCUCCGGCGCUGGGUCGCCGCGCGGGUCUCGCGAGAAACCGAUUUGCAGACCGUGACCGUCAAGACGAUUACCAAUGAAUUGAAGGCGGCCUUCGGCGGCAUCAAGGUCAAGGGCGCGCGCAAGGCCCUCGUCAAGGCCGCUAUUGUGGAAGCAUUGGCCCAGCAGGCGGCGCCCCAGGAGUCCUCGGAGAGCGACGACGACGAGGCGCCGCCGUCCGAGGCGCGGCGCCUGGGCUUUGACGACCUGGUCGAGGACGAGGAGGAGGAGGAGGCUCCCGUCGUAGCCGAGGACGACACGGAGGAGCGCCCGAUGAACCCGUAUUUGUACUUCUCAAAACUCAAGCGCAGCGAGGUGCGCGCGGAGGUCGACGGUGACGAGGCCUUCGCCGAGCUGUCGGGGGGCAAGCGCAACGCCGAGGCGACGAAAAGGUUAGGAGUGCUCUGGAAGGCUUUGUCAGAGGAAGACAAGCGGCGGUAUAAAGAUGAAGCUCCUAUGAUCAAGUGCAAGAAGCGCAAGUCGACGAAGAAGCGUAAGUCGGUGGAAGCGGCCGACGCGCCGGCGUUCGAUCCGGAGGCCCACGCCGCCGAGUACGCCCAGCUCUGCGAGACGGAAGACAAGCCGCAAGAAAAGCUCCCCGAGGAGGUCGCCGAGACCGAGGCCCAGCUCGAGGCGGCAAAACGCGCCGCGGCCAUCGAGGAGGCCAUCGCCGCGGAGGAGGCGGCCGCGGACCAGGAGGCCGAGGCGAAACGAGAAGCCUUGGCGGCGUCGAUCAAGCAGCGCUUCGAGGAAGAUGCUCGUAAAGAGGAGCUCGCGGCGCGGGCGACGCUCGCGAAGCUCAUGAAGGAGGAGUCUUCUGAUGACGACUCCGACGUCGAGCUCGAGAUCGUGGGCGCGCCGUCGCCGGCGAAGAAGGCGCGGCGCGAGUCCCUGUCUCCUUCCAAGAGCACGACGGUCGAGGCUCUGAAACGAGCUAGGACGAAGCGAGCCGGCGGUCGUAGAGCUUUGCGUGAUAAAUUACGAGCGAAAGCGGCCAGAGCGGGCAUGGUCAAGUACGCCGAGCAGGCGUCCGUGGAAGACAUCUCGGCCGAUGACUACGUGAGACGUUUGGAGGCGUUAGAUGCCCAACGAGUGGUCGAAGCGCGGGAAGCGGAGCGUAGAGAUAGGGAAGAAAGGGAAUUAGAACAGAAGCUGCGGGCCGCGGGCCGGCGCUUCGCGGAGAUCGACGCGCGCGAGGAGGAAUUGUUUGUUCCGGACGCCGAGGACGCCUUAGCGAUGGAUCGGGCCGCGGCCCAGGACGCGAUCCAGGCUUGUUUAGAUGCCGAGCGGCGCUUGUCGACGGUGCCGGAGGAGUCGCCCGAGGCGUGGUCUUCUCCCUCGCCGGAGCCGGCGCCGUCGGCCACGGCGCUCGCCGAGGACCUCGCGCCGGCGGCAGAUGUGCCCGCGGAGGCGGCGGACGGCGUGUCCGCGGAGCAGGCGGCCGAGGACUCGGAGAUGGCGCCGGCCGCGUCGGCCACGGCGCUCGCCGAGGACCUGGCUCCAGCGGCGGAAGACGAGGCGGCGGACGGCGUCACGGCGGCCCAGGCGGCCGAAGACCAGGCGCCCGUCGAAGACUCGCCCAACAAGGCGGCCGAACCUGUCGCCGUCGCCGCGCCGGCCGAAGGCGCCGACAAUGAUGACGACGCGGCGCCGCGCAUCGAGGACAUGGAUAUUGAAGAGGACCAAGACCAACCCAAGAAGGACCGGAACGCCGCCUACAAGGCGAUGCUCGAGGCCGACGCGAAGAGGGCCAAACAAAAAACCGCGCACGGCAUCGAAGGGGAGGCCGAGGAAAGCGACGAGGAGGGACAGGCCCAGAUGGGCCUCGGGGACUUCGGGUUCGGGGUCUCCAAGCCGAAGCAGGACCAGGAGGAGCAGGAGGACGUCAAGAUCACGGAAGAUGACCUCGAGGCCGUCGUCGACGAAUUGAGUGAUGGCGAAGGUGACGAAGAAGGCGCGGAGCAGCAGCGGGCCAAGGAGGAGCGCAAACGGGAGCGCGAGGAGAUGGCCCAGAUGUUGCGGCGGGUGCGAGACGGUUUCGGGGGCCAGGACGCGCGCGGCGGCGCGUUCCGGAUCGAUGAUCUUGUUGGUAUGGACGCGUCCGCAAGGAAGGAGGCCAAAAGGUUGGGACUGGAGGAUUCGGAUGACGAGGAGAUCCGCAAACUCAGAGCCGGUUCGGAUGAUGAGGAGGAGGAGGACGGCGACGACGAGGGCGACGAGGAGCGCGGGCUAGCUGCUUUGAUCUCCCAGGAGCUCAAGAACCGCCACUUGGGAGAUAGAUUGAGGAGGAAGCAGGAGCCACUCAUCUCCGAGAGCGAGUCCGAGUCCGAGGACGAGGCCGAAGCUGUUAAGGCUGGAUCGGAUUCCGAGGAGGACGAGGUUGCCAUCAAGAUUAAGUCAAGACAGUGGGCUAGAAGAGCCAAGAUGCGCCGCGUGCUCGACGAGAAGGCCGCGCGGGAAAAAGCAGAAAGGGAGGCGAACGGCGAGGCGUCGCAGGGCGGCGCCGCUCUCUUGGAUGCCGACGAGGACUCGCAGCUCAUCCUGUCCAUGCUCUCGCGGACGCAAUCAUCUAGAUCGGUGUCGUCGCAGCGGUCGGGCGAGCUGCCUUCCUCCUUGGAUCGCGCGCCAUCACUCAUCAGAUCCGCCUCAGACUCGCAAGCGGCCUGGCUGCCGGCCGCGAAGAAGCCGCGCCUGGGGACCGGCGUGUCGCAGCAGGCCGAGGACACUUUGCUCGGGCGAUGCGGCUCCUUCUUCGCGGCGUUAGAUCGGUCGCACUCCGCCGGCGCGCCCUCGGCCAAGUCGCACGCGGCCAAGGCGGCGAAGACGGCCGUCAGCCUCUCGUCGCUCUUCGGCCUCGACGCGUCGUCGCAGGGCUUUCCCUCCUCACGAUCGGGCGCGGGCAAGGCGCCGGCGAAGGGCCCGACGAGUUUCGCGGGCAUCGCGAGCGGCGCUAGUUAACUUCCCCUAUCCCCUAUAAGUCAUCGACUGUGAA